UUUGUGGCAUUUGUCUUUAGGUUAGUCUUUGAUUUAGUGACUAUAGUCAGUAUUUUCCAACAAAGAAAAAUUAACUACCUAUCUACAAGAAAUAUAAAAUACAUGAAAAUAGAGUUGAAAACCGAAUGACACUAGAUUUAUAGUAAUGAGUUGCCUGUGCAGAUUUAGCGUGCCAUUGGUCAUAAUCAUAGCUGUAAUAAGUUAUUUAGAGUGCACAAACAAUGUGUUCCAAAAAAUGGAUAAGAAAUACUACCUGGUCUCCGAGGCUUACAACAUGGCGAAGAACCUGUUCAACCAGGGCCGAGCCAAUUACAUCAGUUUGAAGAGCAAGUCUCUAAGAACCAUCGACACCUUCCUCGACCUGGUCUACAUCAUGAACGAUGAGAUGUCCAAGGAGCUGAGGAGUGCGGUUCUCAAGUUCUACAAAGUGAAAUACCUACAUGAUUUCACCAAUUAUAUUAUUAGCAUGGAAGAGAUGAUAGAAGUAAUAGAGCACUGCCUGAUAGACCCGAUGGAGAAGUUGGAUCAGAUCAGGACGCAGUUCCAAGACGUCAUCAAGAACUUCCAGGAUGUGAGGAACUUCGACUCUGUGAACAAGUGCCACAAGGAGCUGCCGGACGAGGUCGCUGCUGCGCACUGCUUACUGCAUCAGGCCGUACUCUUUAACGAAACGAUGCAAGAAAGUUUAGUGACAAUUGUGGAAAUCAAGACGAGACAACAUGCUCAAGACAUGAAUACGUCUUUGUACAACGUCCAAACGUGCAUCAACAACUUCGUACCGAAGUUCUUCGAGCAACUAAUGCUUGAUGCUUACACUGAAAGAUGCGGCUACCUCCGAGUAGUCAACGCAUCCAUAGCAGACCUAAUAAAAGAUAAAUGGAGAGGCAACGAGACCGUAUUCCCGGAGAAAUGGAGCCCCCUAGUGCGGUUAUUAAAAGAAAAAACAAAGCAACCCGUCAGUGCUUUAGAAGAACCGUUACAUUUGACUCUUUUUGCAGCGAAUCUAUCAUCUCAAGAUAUUGUCAGAACUUUAUAUAAAUAAACAAUUUAAAAGUUAGUAAUUACUGUUAAUAGUUUUCUGAAAUAUACCUUAUUUCAUACAAA